AUGCGCGAAUGCGGUGGUGCACAGGUCGUCGUCCAUGGAAUCAGUCAUAUCUCCGUGCAAUGUAAACAAAAACAUGAACUCCUCCCGUUAUCCGUCGUUCGCCAGGACAAUGGAAUGCCAACUGUUAAAGAAAGUCUACAACGAACGUUUCAUUGUUCAUCAAGAGUAUUUUUCACGUGGAUAGCAGUUUCUGUUUCGUGCUGCACAAUAUACGCUAUAAUUGCUUUUGUGGCUUUGUUAAAUAAAAAUGCUCUUCCUGAAGAUUUGGGUCUACUUUCGAUACCAUAUGUGAACGUUCCUGAACGUUAUGAUAUUCAACUACAAUUCGAUACAGAAUAUAAUAAAUCGAGCAAGUCAUUCUAUGGCGAGAACAAAAUUGUGUUCAAUAGUCUCCGUGAGUCAAAAUAUAUCCACCUCUAUAGCGGGAACAACAUCCAGAUUGCGGAUUUUUCCUUACAUAGUCUUAAUAACGCCAAAGAGGAAUUAUCCAUAAGGAAAGGAGCUUACGACGAAGUAACAGAGAUACAGACGUUCAUUUUGUCAACUAACACCUCUACUGAAGUUCCCUACUUGUUUAUUCUAAAAUUUACUGGUAAAUUCACUCCUGAAAAUGGUCCACGCAAGUUUUCAUACCUUUCCGAACGUGGUGAUAAGCGCUAUGGUGUAUGGUAUGCCGUGGAUAAUUCGGCCGGAAAAGGACUACGAUAUUUAUUUCCUUGCUUGGAUUCGAAAGAAUUCCCUGCAGAUUUUAACCUUACUAUAACUCGAAGUAAAUCGUUGAGAUCCCUUUCAAAUUUUGUCAGUUACAGAAGUACUUCGAGAGAGUCUGAUUUCAUGGAUGAUCAUUUCGCUCCGACAAUGAAAUUGUUACCGUCACAGAUUGCCUUUGUUUUAUGUGAUUUCCAGUACAAGAGAGAAGUUUAUGAGGGAACCACGAUUUCGAUUUUCUCCCGUCCAGAAAUACUUUCGGGAAUUUCAUUCAGACGUACAUCACAGUUUAUGGAUUCAGGAUCUUACGAAAUUGGAAAAAACGAUGCAAUUCUGAUACCUAAUGUGUCUACAAUACAUCAACCUGGUAUUAGCAUAAUUGAUGAAAAGGAAGCCGUCCGAGAAAGCGAGGAUCUUUUCCCGGAUUCAUCUUUAACUCGUAUCCAUAGAGCAAUGUCACGUCGACCACCUUCUCCAUUAUUGAAAUCAGAAAAUUUUCGUUAUCCUACACAACUUCAUACUCAACAUCAACACGGUGAGAUCGCUCCACAGGAUAGUGAUACGGACAGUGGAAUUUGUGCGGAUUCGGAACAACCAUCACCUAGACAACUAAUCGAAAUUCCUCUGAUAUUCUCGUCAAAUUGCGGUUCGGACUACCUCACACCUGAGAGCUACAGAAAACCUCUACUGUUCUCGGAAACCUCGAGGAAGCUACCUCAACGACCUACUGGAUCUGGUUCUGUGGCACGCAAUAUAAAGACGUAUCGAGUGCGAUUUGCUGACGAGGUAAACAGUGGUGCAUCGACAUCCAGUACGUGUUCCGAGCAAUCCAAUAAAUCCACGCGAUGUGCCACUGCUGUUCCACAAAGACAACAGCCGAAUCUAGUCAAAUCUUUAGAUAUUCCGGAGACACCAGCUCCACACUUUUCCAACAUCGCAAGGGGGAACAACGCUUGCCUCACUCCACAGAGUCAAACAUUCGAAAAUCAGUUGGAAAAGUACAAAGGAGUGAGGAAAACAGACCGGUUGGGCAACUAUUCCUAUCCCAUUGAAGAAGUGGAUACUCUCAGGCCACCGUCAUACGAUUUUGCAAUUAAUAGACUGAGACGGAAAGAAAAACCGAGAGAAUCGAUUCGAGAUUUUGUUAUACGACAAAACGUGAACGAAGCGUUAAGCCGAAAAUUACGUAGUCGUUCAUCGUCGUUACCAAGAAUGGACAGAGAAUACGAUAUAAAUGAAAGCUUUUAUUCUCCUCAACUACCGCCCAGCUAUCAGAUCGAUGACAGCCGAAAUCUUACCUUAAGAAGCUUGGAUAACCUCAAUAUCGAUUGUGAUUCACAUAUCGUUGAUAGUAGCAGAAGAAGGAAACUUCCGGUUGCACCUCUUCUUGGUCGUAUGGUUAACGCAAGGAUUAAUCGACAAUUUGAUCCAGAUUUUGGCCUACAUUCCACCUUACUACAUAGACCAUCAGAGGAGCAUUUGGCUCUACAACGAAUGUCAAGAAGAUCCGCAAGUAUAGGACCACAAUGUGAAAUUCUGGAUUAUGGAACCAGAAGGGAAGCUCCUGCAGUUCGAGCGGUACUCGUCGCACUGGAUCAAUGUGGUUUUCGAACGGUAAUGGUCGAAAAAACUCAGCCUGGACCAUUCGGAUUCUACAUUGCUACAGGCGUUAUGAACGGUCAACGAGGAAUAUUCAUAUCUCGUGUAUCAAUCGCUUCACUAUCACCGAUGCUAAGCGUUGGCGAUGAAAUACUGUAUGUUGAUGAUCAAUUAGUUAAAGGACGAAGUCUGGAAACGGUUCAAGCUCUUAUUGCCGGAAAAACAAAAGUGAUGAUUGUGCUUUUGCCUGCUAUCGGAAGUUGUAUUUAA